GCUGACCAAUAACGGUUGGCGGCAUAUUUGAAAUCGUUGUGAAUGCGCGUACAUUGAGCAUUUCUUUCCGUCUGUGUUGCUUAUACCUCAAUUAACAUUUUUGCUGCAAAACCUGCCAAUUCUUGAGCUGUUUCUACAUUAUCACAAUGUCUUCGAAACACAUCUACUACUCGGAUAAAUAUUUUGAUGAAAAAUUCGAAUACAGGCACGUGAUGUUGCCCAAAGAUAUUGCCAAGCUGGUUCCCGACUCUCACCUGAUGUCAGAAGCUGAAUGGAGAGGCAUCGGUGUACAACAAAGUCAAGGAUGGAUCCAUUACAUGAAACACUCUCCAGAACCACAUAUACUUCUAUUUAGAAGACUUAAAUCAAACUACCAUUGAUACAUGAUCCUGGAUUCUGUGGAAUAAAACAGUGCAAUCAUACAUCAUGACGAACAAUUAUACCUGCAGAAGAAUGCUAAAUGAACCAGCAAGCUUCUUCUCAAAAUCCCUCUGACAUCAAAUCUGAGCUCCUGACAUGCACUGUGAACUUGCCUCGUCUUUUCUGCCAUUUCAGCUUAUUUAUGGUUAAACAGCUUUCAUUUCACCGAACAGUCAUGUUUUUGUCGUGUUUACUGGUAAAGUUCAAUUUCCAUUCCACAAUUCAAAUACUGUUGUACAUACUGAAAACUGAUUUUCUAGAGAACCACUAUCGAACUGUUACAAUCAAAUCAAGAUAUUAAUUGCCUAUCACUGCCCUGUCAACUUUUUUUUUCUAGUUUCAGUUCUGGUGGUUAUUUAUGUAGUUAUAUAGAUGUAGUUUCCUUAUUUUCUUUGUAAAUUUAGAUACUAGUUUAAUUUCUGUAAUUUCUGUUGAGUGUAUGGAAAUAAAGUUUAUUUAUCGUUUUGAUGUUUAG